AUGCUCGGCAGUUCUGAUUUAUUGACGGCAUACGAUCUUGGUGCUGUGUACAGUCGGUAUUGCUGUGCGAAAAAGAUGCGUGAAGAUCUCAACUCUUUUCUACCUCAGAUCUACGGGAACUUCAAUUUUUCUCAGGCUCAGGAUAUAAGGCGAGUUGUUCUUACGGAUCAUAUGCCAACUAUGAUUUCCUCUGUACUGUCUUCAUAA